AAAUAAAUAAAAAUACAUGCCCUCGUGAAAUGUGAUGGUGUGUUUGACUAUUCCGCACACCAUCGUUGCACUGUCCAGUCUUGCAUAACAAUCAUGACAGCCACACGGCUUUAAGCCGCACAGCAGACCCAAGAACUACUCUUAUGUACGAUGAACACUGAGGACAAGUUGGAGGGUAUGCUGCUGAAAUGCAGCAGCGGAGGGCUAGAUGGCGCGGGGAGAGUUGGGCUCGGGGGAGGAGGACUGGUGGUGAUGACUCUGGGGGAACGAUCACUGGCAAACCACCCUCUGUUGGCUGAGGACGACGAUGACGAUGAGGACGACGACGAUGUAGAUGAUGAUGAUGACUUGACUGGAAAUUCUCUGGUCACGCAUGACCUCAUACCUCCAGAGCAGCUGAUGAUGCAGGAAGAGAUGAUCAAGAAUGGUAGAGGAGGAGGAGGAGAAGAGGAGGGGGGUGGAGGCGAGUUGAGCAUCAAGCAAGAACUGAAGUCGUCCGAGUCACAGGUGCUGAUGAAGAAGGACAAAAAAGCAGUUAAGGACUUGAUGAUUUGUCCCAAGAAGAAAAAGAGGAAGCAGCGUUCACCAGCAAAGAUUCUCAACAUCACUGAUGAAGAAUCGUUGGGCAUGCAAAGCCCCAAGUGUCACGUCUGUGAUCACUGCAAUGCUGCAUUCAGAACCAACUAUCAUCUACAGAGGCACGUCUUCAUUCACACGGGUGAGAAGCCAUUUCAGUGCAGCCAGUGUGAUAUGCGCUUCAUUCAGAAAUAUCUCCUCCAGAGACAUGAGAAGAUCCACACUGGUGAGAAGCCUUUUCGCUGUGAUGAGUGCGGGAUGAGGUUCAUCCAGAAGUACCACAUGGAGAGACACAAGAGGACUCACAGCGGCGAGAAGCCUUACCAGUGUGACUACUGUCACCAGUACUUCUCCAGAACCGACCGGGUUUUAAAGCACAGACGAAUGUGUCAUGAGAACAGAGAGCGAGAGAUGGCGAAAGCGGCGGGUAAAGUCGGGCCCUUGCGUGAAGCGGAUCCUUUGGGCCUCGCCUUUCUCGCCAGAGAGUGUUCGCUGCCCAAGAAAAAGCGUCAAAAGUGCGCGGACAAAACACCGGGAGCCUCUGCCGGCGUAGCAGUCGCCGAAGCGGAGUCGAGGGACGAGCAGAGACAGAGCAGGAUCCAAAGUCUACCCUUCUCUGCCGCGUUCUCCAAGGUCAAACACGAGUACGUGAUCGCGGAUUACUCAGCGGAGCUUCCGGAGGAGUCGGCCGGCCGGCACCGGCAGGGCGCCUCGUCGUCGGGGAGCACAACUCCUCCCAAGCUGGUCCUGAAGAAGGUCCCCAAGAGGAGCCUGAAACAGUCCGGUGAACAAACUCUGCCCUGCCUUUCCACUUUGUCUUCCUUUGAGGAAACCACUAAGGUCACGCAGUACACCUUUGAAAUCGUGGACAAGCAAUGCCUUUCAGAAGCGGAGGGCAGCGCCGACCUCGAGCCGGCCCAAACCCUCCAAGGGGGGCCGGCGAAGCCCGCGGCGGCCAGCACGAACUACGACGACGCCAUGCAGUUCCUCAAAAAGAAGCGCUACCUUCAGGCGGCGAUGGCCAACACCGGCCGGGACUACAGCGUUUCUUCCCAGCCACCUGCAGCGCAAACCGCGGCGGCCAUCGGCGAGAACGGUCGCGCUGCCAUCCUGGCGCCGCAGGCCACCAACGCCGGGGCCAAAGCGGCGCACGAUAAGAGCGCGCUGCCGGAGAAGAGCGUGCUGCCCGACGAGGUCCUCCAGACACUGCUGGACCACUACUCCAACAAAGCCAACGGGCAGUCGGACAUUUGCUUCAGCGUGGCCGACACGGAGGUGACGUCGAGCAUAUCCAUAAACUCCUCCGACGUGUCGGAAGGCGGGGGGCGCUGCAGCGCCGCCACCGAGAGCCUCGGAGCCUCCGGCACCCAGGCCCAGCCGGCCCCCGAGAAGGUCAGCCUCCUGCAGGAGUACUCCAAGUUCCUCCAGCAGGCGCUGGAGCGGACCAGCCAGAACGACAGCUACCUGACCAGCCAGAGCCUCAGCCUGGUGUCCGAGAACCCCACCUUGGCCGGACAGCCCCUGUUCUCCACCGAGAAGCAGUUUCCCUCCCCGAGCAGGUUCAAGUCGGGGCUGAGCUCCCCGCUGAGGCCCACUUUAGAGAAACCCAGCUUUGGAUUACUGGUCGGGGACUCGCAGCACUCGUUUUCGUUCUCGGGCGACGAGACCAGCCCGCCCUCGGCCGUGUCCCCGGCGGAGGAGGACUUCCUGGAGCAGGUGUCUCCCUCCAAAAAGACGGACGCCUCGCAGGGCAUCCUGCAGACUUUCCAGAUAAGCUCCUUCGACCAGAACUUCAAGUCUCACUUCCAGACGUCCCGACCCGGAGCCCCCUCGCUGUUUACCGUGGCCAAUGGACAGCUGGGUCUCCGAGGACACGGCACAGACUUCUGCGAGUUCCCGGCGGCCCGAGUCGCCGAGACCAGGUCUCAACUGAACUCCUCCCCCGACGUUUCCUCCAGUGAAACCUUCGGCUGACGGGAAUCCGUUCAAGGAUUCAUUUCUGAUCAUGAUUUCAGCGGCACUUUAUCUCGUGUUUCCUGUUUUGCCAAAACAAGUCCCCUUAACUAUUUCCUCUUUCUUCAAAGCAUUUGGUUUGAAAUAACAAUUUAUUAUUAUUUUUUUAAACUAUCAUUUUGUCAAGCACGAAAUAGGAUAUAGUGAAAAAUGCCUAUCAUCAUUAUUGGCAUUCCCCCUAAAAAACAACAAUUUGAGUUGUGCAUGGAUUUAUUUCUUCACCCAGAAUUUGCAUCAAGAGAUUAGCGACCAAAGUUAAAAAAAAGGCAACGUGAAAGAUUUUCUCCAACCGUUGCUAAAUUUAUGUUUAAUGUUUUGUCAAUCAGUCGGCUCAAAGAUGAUCAAGUCACUCUUGCUGCUUAAUGCAAUAUUUCCACUUCUUGAAACAUAGGCCCUACUAAUAUAUACAUAUUUACAUACAUAUGUACGUAUAAAUAUAUAUAUAUAUAUAUAUAUAUAUAUAUAUAUAUAUACAUAUAUACCUAAAUAUGCUCUUACUGUAUGUUGUAAGGAGUACCUCUACCUCCUUUUGCUGUUUACCUGGUUAUAUUUAAGUCCACUCCAGGAACCAUCUUAUUCCAGCAUUAUCACUCCUGUUACAUUUCAACCAUGAUUAGAUGAUAAAGGAUUCUUCACUUUAAGUCACUUUACUGUCACCUGAGAUUAGCGUGUCAAUGAUGCUACAAGAAACUUGAUUGUAUUCCACUCGUAUGGAAUCUAGUUUAUUUGGUUCAUUUGGUGUGGUGGGCCAAAGAAAAUACAACAUUUUACAUGAUCAUUUAAAAAAUGAAUUCAUUAAUUAAAUGUAUGCCCUUUUGCCCACGAAUUUCUGCUCCUAGUGCAGCACAGCCAGAAAAGAAAGAUUAGAAUUUAGAUUUAUGUAUCAAAUUGCUGCAUUCAUGUAAUGGUUGCAGAGUCAUUAUUAUUUUCCUUCAGCAGUGAAAGUUGUAAUGAAAUUACUUCUAAAGGAUUGUGGUUAGUUUUUGCACAAAUUGCACAUCCUUUCACUACAUGGAAUGUGGUAUGUACUUAUUUGAAAAUUACACACAGCUUUUUGCCACUUAUGAUGUGACUCAAGCAGCUGCACCUUUGCAGAACUUUGGCUUGCUCCUCCUUGAAGUUGCACAGGUUCACAACAAUGUGAUUUGACCCAAUUGUGCUGAUUGAUAUUAUGAAAGACAAUACACAUGGAAAUGUGGUGCUCUGUUUUCCACUUCUAUUAGUUUAGCAAAGGUGCCUUUCUUUUUUUUUUCUUUCAUUCCAGUCUGUCCUUUACUCAUUUCUGUUGUGCACAAUAACCAUAAACACAUAAGCUAUAAACCUAUUCAGUCCGUAAUACUGGGAGCGUUAUUUAAUUUUGCCCGUGGUGUUUUCUUUCAGUUCUCUGUGGCUGGAAAGGAAAACGCGUUCCGGGUCGACUGCUCACUGCGUGUUUGUGAGUCCGGAAUCAUGUCGUCAAGCCGUCUUCUGUUUUUCGAUCCGCAACCUGCUAGAAUCGGUUAUUGAGCCACAUCUGUCCGUGCCCUGUGGAAUGCGUUGGAGUAAGGUCUCCGCUGGCCUUCACCGCGCUGUUGAUUGUAUUCCGCGUGCACACGUGUGCGCAACGUUUUAGGGGCUAUUGUGUAAAACACUGUUUUUAUAUGCACCGCGAGAUUAGGUCCGAUAAUCCAUGUUGAACUCCCCCUCGUCGCACUUCUCCGGACAAUCAGGGACAGUCAGCAAAUGCUUUAUUUUUUUUCCUCCUCAAACAUUCCCACUAGAAUGUGUAGAAGAUAUCCUGCUGUAAAUACAUGAAAUAUUUUUUAUGUUCAGAGAAGAGCUCUUAGAUCUUUGAGACUUGUGCGAGAGACACUUUUUGUCGGUGGAAAGGCUCAGGAACUAGUUUUCCAGCAUUUAUUACUCAGCGAUGAGUCCCUUUCACCUGGCGACGCGGCUCCCUGAGGUUUGUGUAUAUACAUCACCUUGGUUACCAGAAGAAACGUUACACUUUUACAUUUUCACUAACGACAGAUUAAGGUGAUUUUUUUUUUUUUUGUAAGUUAAUGCAGUUGAUUGUGCAUUUUGAUGGGAUUUACUGUAUCAAACGGUUGGUAUUGACAAACCCCCACUUCAAGAAAAUGUUCAUUUGGUUUUAGUAAUACUCUAUCUAUCUGAACUCUUUUAUUUUUGUUAUCAAGUAUAUACCCUCAACAGCUGUGGUCAGCUGGAAUUCAUGUCUGUUAAAAUACCAACAAAAUAAGUGUUGUGGUUGAAAUACUUCACUAGCUUCUUAUGUCAUUGUAAGCAGAUAUUCAAAGUACAUUGCAGAGCGAUUCUGCGUCGGUAAAUUGUAUCCUACGAAUUGUUCUCUGAGAAGUUUAAAAUUCAAUUGGCUAAUUGAAAAUUGAGUUCAUGAGUUGUAUCAGCAGAACUAUAGUAUUGUAUACUUUUUAAUUAACUUUUGUCAGUAAACUGGCCAUAAGUGUCCUUGUAUAAGCUAGAGAAAAUGUUUUGUGUAAAAAGGUCUGAAUUAUUGAAUUCUUUUGAUAAAAACUAUUUUUGAAACAUGUCCUUUAAGGCACUGAUAUGUACAGUAUAUCAUAUGCAGUCACUAUCGCCACCCUCAUUUAUCUCUGUCAAAGGUCGUUUGUGUCAAGGCGUUUCAAUUGCCGAUGGGCAUGUCCAUCCUUUGAAUUGGUCGCUUUCAUUCUUUCAGAGAACUUGACGAGGAAGCCCUGGUGCUUCGCUCAGAGGUUGAGCUUAAGUUAUACACCUGAGUUAGUUAAGGUUUAUUUGCAUGGUCUCUAACUUGUUGGGUCGAGUGAACUCGUUUUAUGAGUAAUGUGCAGCUUUAAUCGUAGAUCAUUAUUUUCAGUCAAGUAACCCAUAUGAUUAGAUUUUUACAAUAUAUUAUGAUUUGUAAACAAUCUUAUUAAAUUGUUGUUUUGCUUGUUGUGUGUCAUGUUCUUAUAAAUAAAAUAAUUCACAGAAUUUUA